UAGCCUAGCCCCAGCCGAGCCCCCCAGGGGCCCUGCUCAGGCCGCUCCUCCCACCCCGCUGUCCCCUAGACCCCCUUCUCGCUCACCCUGAAGCUGUGGGAUGCCUACGUACUCGAUGGGGAGAGGGUGCUCACGGCCAUGGCCUACACCAUCCUCAAGGUGCACAGGAAGCGCCUCCUGAAGCUGCCCCUGGAAGGGCUCCGGGAGUUCCUCCAGGACUCUCUGGCCCAGCCCUGGGCCCUGGAGGACGAGGCGGUGCUCAGACACCUUCGGGCCUCCAUGACUCAGCUCCGGAGGAUGCGGUGCGACCUGCCCCCCCCCAGGUGGGCUCAGGGCCCUGGUCCCUCCCGACUCGGCCUGCUGGGGCCACCCACAGGGGACAGAGCCCCCGGGGCCCCCGUCCUCAUCUCUGGGGCUCUCCUCUUCUGCUCCAGCCUCGGGGACCCCAGGCCAGGGCUGGGCGCGCGGGCACCCACUGCAGGGCCCGGGCACCAGUGUGGGGGGCUGAGCACAGGGUCAGGCCGGGGGGCCACGCGGGAGCCAUGAGGACCCCCAGGGCCCCCAGCGGGGGACACACAGCCUGCUGGAGACGCUGACCCCGUCGGCCUCUUUCCAGCGGGACCUGAGGAGUUCCCCACGAGGCCCCUGGGCCUGGAGCAAGAGUCCCGGGCCUCUCCUCCCUUCUCUGGCCUCUGAGAC